AUGGCGCUCACGAAGAUUUUGAGCACCUCGCUUGGCCCGAACGGGCUCGACAAGAUGCUAGUCAACAAGGUGGGCGACGUUACCGUCACGAACGACGGCGCGACGAUUUUGAAAAAGCUGGACGUGAAGCACCCCGCGGCAAAGGUGUUGGUCGACCUGAGCAUUUUGCAGGACGACGAGGUCGGCGACGGGACGACUUCGGUGGUGCUGAUCGCGGCGGAGCUGUUCCGCAAGGCGCAAACGCUAAUCGAGCGCGGCUUUCACCCCGGGUUCGUAGUCCGCGGGAUCAAGGCGGCGGGCAAGGAGGCGUACCGCUUCAUUCAAAAGAACCUGUCGACCGUGUUGACCGAGUCUGACGAAGAAGUGUUGCGGAACAUCGUGCGCACUUCGCUGGUCAGCAAGAUUGCGAACGCCGAAACAGACAUCGCGAAAAAGCGUGCGAUGGCGAUCGUGAACAGCGGCGCCAACGUGCUGCUUUCGUCCGAAGGCAUCGACGACUUGUCGGAAAAGUACUUCCUGCAGCACAACUUGUUCGUCGUGCGGCGUGUGCCGAAGGAAGACUUGUUCAAGCUGGCCAAAGCCACGGGCGGCAAAGUGCUCUGUUCGGUGUCGGACUUCGACACCGAGGCAAUCGCCGCGAGCGAGUUGGGCACGGCGGAAAAGGUGUACGAAGAGCGCAUCGCCGAGUGGAACUUCAUCUUCGUGAGCGGAACGCGCGCGCAGGCCGCGACUACCGUGUUUCUGCGCGGCGCUAACCUGUGUCUGCUCAGCGAGCUGGAGCGCUGCGUGCACGACGCGCUCUGUGCGCUCUCGCGCGCGCUCGAGUCUGGCUCGGUGACCGCCGGCGGCGGCGCGACCGAGACAGCGCUGGCGCUCUUCUUCAAGGAACGCUGCCUCGAGCUGGAGCCCGAGCUGUGUGCAACGUAUCAAGAGUUCGGCGAGGCGCUGCUGGUCAUUCCGCGCUGCAUUUGUGUGAACGCCGCGCUAGACGCCACGGCAGUCGUCGCGAAGCUCGUCGCGACGCACGCGCAGUCCUUCGCAGACGCGGCGUAUGCGCACCGCAGCUUCGGCGUCGACAUCGACUCGGGCGACGUGCGCGACAACUUGCGCGCGGGCGUCGUCGAGCCCACGCAAAUUAAACUGAAGGCCAUUCGCUUCGCGACCGAGACGGCGAUCACGCUACUGCGCAUCGACGACGUGAUCCGCUGCGCGCCGAAGCCGCAGCCCGCUGGCCAGCCUACUGCCGGUUAA